UUGCUUUUUAAUUCACGAGCGCUCUGUUGGUGUCGGACGCUGUUGAUGAAGUAGCUCCAAGUUGGUGAAGUUUUCCGGGUUUUUUCACAACAUUCGAGCUGCCGACCGGCCGGAAGUGAUAUGCAGGGGCUAAGAAACCUGUUCCGGGCUCCCUGGUCCUCUGACGUGAAACUCGACGGGCAAACGGCGGUGAUCACAGGUGCCAACACGGGCAUCGGCAAGGAGACGGCCCUGGAUCUGGCCAAGAGAGGAGCCAGGGUGAUCUUGGCAUGCCGGGACAUGGAGAAAGCUCAGGCGGCUGUGACAGAAAUCAUCAAAAGCUCCGGCAACGACGCCGUCAUCUGCAUGAAACUUGAUUUGUCAGACAGCAGAUCGAUAAGGGAGUUUGCUGAAGCAAUCAAUAAAAAUGAGCCGAAACUGAACCUCCUAAUCAACAACGCGGGUGUGAUGGUGUGUCCGUACGGGAAAACCGCCGACGGCUUCGAGAUGCAGAUCGGAGUCAAUCACUUUGGUCAUUUCCUGCUGACGUACCUGCUGAUUGACCUGAUUAAAAGCUCGGCCCCGGCCAGAAUCGUUACGGUGUCCUCCAUGGCUCACUCCUGGGGCUCCAUCAACCUGGAGGACAUCAACAGCGAGAAGAGCUACAACAAGAGCAAGGCGUACGCUCAGAGCAAGCUCGCCAACGUGCUCUUCACGCGCUCGCUGGCCAAGAAGUUAGAAGGCACCGGCGUGACCGCCUACUCCCUCCACCCCGGGGUCGUUCAGACGGAUCUGUGGCGUCACCUGAGCGCCCCUGAGAAGUUCUUCAUAAAGAUAGCCAGUCCGUUCACCAAAAACUCCAUCCAGGGAGCUCAGACUACCAUUUACUGUGCCGUGGAGCCGACUCUGGAGAAGGAGAGCGGUGGAUACUACAGUGACUGCGCUCCUGCUAACUGCUCCGCCGCUGGAAAAGACGACGAGUUGGCAGAGAAGCUGUGGGAGCUGAGCUGCAAGAUGCUGUCCUUGUCCUGGGAUUGAUGUCUUCAGUCUGACUUUAUGAACUGGGUCAUCAUCUCUUUAAUACGAAGCACUAACGACCAAGAACUCCUGAUCUUAACAUAAAAACCUCUUCCUGCCACACACAGCAUGUUCCCUGCUGUGUUUGUAAAUGUGUUUUUAUAUGAGCUUUUAAUAACUUUUUGGAUUGUUUUUAAUAAUUACAGUGAUAAAGUUAUUUAGUCUUUUUUUUGUUUGUUUUUUUUUUUUGUUUUUUUUGCUGGAUUCAACACGUUCUUAUUCCAUGUUGCAUAGUAAAUUUACAUAAGUAUCUAAACCAGAGAAAAAACAUGCACUUCCAGCACUUGUUGGGUCAAUCCACGCCCAUUGUGAGAAUCACUUUGCUGCUUCUCCAUUUUACAUACGUUUCUAAAUUAAACAUUUGAAUUUUCAAAUUUACAAACUG